AUGAGCUCCCUAGGACCUGUAUCUGAGCUAACGGACACCAAUCCCAAUACUAGAAACUUGGAAUUCUACGGAGCAUCGUCCUCGGUGUCUUUCCUUCGACAUGUCGAAUCCAUGUCCAACAGUCAAAUUCCAGGCUCACUUGAACCCGGCCCACCAGAACGAUCACUGACGUCCUUACUGCACAAUCCCGGAUUCAAACCGGCUUCCGCGCACAGUACGUCUACACUGGGAUCAGGUAGCAGGCUGCCCGCUGAUCGGUUCUACUUCCGCGUCGCUCAGAGAUUUCUUGACGCAUACUUUUCCAAUAUCCAUCACAUUCAGCCACUGUUCGAGGAGGAGUCUUUUUGGGGUCGUUGCGAGAGUCUAUGGUUCGCUAAUCCCGAGCAGCCUCCUCUAUCUUUCGUCGCUCUUUACUACGCAGUCUUGAGUUUAGGAUGUCUCGUCACCACAUCUGAGGAUUGGGGCAAGCUCGGCUGUCAUCGUACCGCUUGGAGCCGGAAACUAAUGGGCGAAGCGCUCAACAUUAUCAAUCAACUUGGCUCCACGACAGAUUUGGAAAUUGCUCAGUGUUACUACAUGAUGAGUAAAGUGUAUCAGCAUGAGCUCAAUCCCCAUGUUGCAUACCUGUAUUCUGGCCAGGCAGCGAGAACUGCUUUAGCCAUCGGGAUAAACAGGAAGCCGGUCGGCCAAACAGCUCCAGAUCCACGCAACCCAAGCAUGGCAUCCAGAACAUGGUGGUAUCUUUACAGACAGACAAGUUUUGCUCUAGGGAGACCGGACAGCCUCGGUCCAGACGAAUACCACAAUCAAAGUCUACCGGUAAUGUUUGAUCUAGAUGUGGUGGACGUUGCUCUUGAGAACUAUGUACUUCAAGUCGUUCCCUUCAUGGUUGAACUCUCUCGAAUAAUGCGACACGUCGGCCUACGUCUUUAUACGAACACAUGUUCUGUGAAAGAGCGAAUCGCGCGAGUCCAAGCGUUGGAUGUUGAUCUCAAGUCGUGGCGACAAGGUCUUCCGGUCCAGUUUCAACCAAUCCGCCUACCAAUAGAGCGUUCAUUGAAGUCUAGGCAUUCUGCCAACUAUAUCGACAAACAAAUAGUCGUUCUACAUCUGCGCUACCUUAAUCUCCGGAUGAUUACUCACGGCGUUUUCAUGAGUCUUCCUGAAGAAAUCGAUCCAGAACAUGAAGAUUACGUCGGAAAAUCUAGACAAACCUGCAUUGACUCUGCAUGUUGCGCGAUUGACCUCAUCUACGAGACUUUCGCAAAUUACAGUUUCUUUCAAACUUGGUGGUAUAAUUCAACCUAUACCCUCUUCGCAGCUAGCAUACUCCUAGCGGCCGUCUUCAACAGUUUCGCAACGUCGAGCCAAGCACUUGACGACAUUUUCAACCACAUCGACCGAGCUGUCAAUGUGCUCCAUGCUAUGGAAGAAUGUAUGGUUGCGAGGAACGCCAUCUGCAUCAUCAAGCGGGCCCUUUCCCGUGCGAAGAAUGUGCAACAAACCGCAUUAAGCCCGCAACAAACCAGCGUCGCUCUGAAUCUUCAAGAAGAGACGGCACUUGGGCAACCAGCUUCGGAUGAAACAACACUGGCCCAACCUGCAACUUAUAAUGAUAUGAUUCCAGAGGCGGAGAUAAGAGAUAGUUCGUAUGCUGAUUUUGGGGACAGUCUCAGCUGGCUCGACCCUAGUCCAAACCCGUUUGAUGAUUAUCAGCAGGCUUUGUUCUGGACAACUUGGGGUCAGGAGGUUGACAUGCUUGGAACAUGA